UUUUAAUUUAUUAAUGUUAAAUCUUAAUUUAUCAUCUAAUUGAUUUUAUUUUACACUUUAGAAAUUUGUAUUUUUAUUUUUAUCUUCUUUACGGAAUUUUGAAUUUUCACAAUUUUUUCUAAUUUUUCCAGAUUCCUCUGGAAUUCACAGAUUUUACCUUCUAACAGAUUAUUGAGUUUAUAGUAAAAGUGAUAGUAGAGAGGAUGAGGAGUAAUUCGGGUAGUAUGAGUCGUUCGAUGAGUUUGAGUCGUACGGUGUCUUCAGAUCGGAGCAUGUCAAUUGAUGAAGAUAACAAAUCCAGACCCAAACACACAGAAUCUAACAACCACAGAAGAAGAUAUCGAAACAGGUCACAGUCCAAUUCUAUACUCAGUAGUAGAACUAAUAGUAGAAGUAGAAGUAGGAGUAGUAGUGGAAGUAGUAGGAGCAGUUUGAGUAGUUCGGAAUCGUAUGGGAGGUAUAAGAAUUACAAGAAUUUCAGGAGGAAAUACACCUCAAGCAGGAGCUACAGCCGAUCCAGUCGAUCCCUCACCAGUAAUAGUAGUGUUAGUAGUAGGAGAAGUAGUGUUAGUAAUAGGAAUAGAAGGGGUCUGAGGAGGUAUAGAAGUUAUUCGAGGAACAAAUCACCGUAUCGCAGGUCUUUUGACCGUAAAACUAAUCGUAGACUAACAUCCAGAGAUAGAACCAACACCAGACAUAACUACAGAUACAGAACUCUUAGGGAUAGAGAUACUCCCAGGGAUAAGGAAACUCUUAGGAAUAAGGAAACUCCUAGGGAUAUACUGAGGGAUAGAGAAAGAGAUAGGGAAACUCCUAGGGAUAUACUGAGGGAUAGAGAAAGAGAAAGAGAAAGGGUCCGUGAUACUCCUAGAGAUACUCUAAGGGAUAGAGAAAGAGAUAGACAAAGAAUACAGCAGAAUAGUUAUAGACUUAAUGGAAGGAGAAGAAGGCUGGAGGAUAAAAUUGAUAGAAAAUUUAACACGCCUUUUCUACUACGCAUUCAAGCUCAUUCAAACAAUAACACAGUUAAUACCCUGGAUACCACGGCUAAUAAGGAGGCUAAUACUGUGGAGACUACGGGUAAUAAGGAGGAUACUACAGUUGAUAAAGUUAAUACUAUGGUAAAUACUGAGGUUAAUAAGGACAGUAAUGAGGUUGUGGAGAGUGUGGAUAUGGUGGAGGAGUUGCAUGUGUAUGUGUGGUUGGAUUCAACGUUGAGGGAUUUGGUUAAUUUGAUUAAGGACAUUUCACCGCCAACCAGGAAACAAGUUAACACCUGGUCUUUCUCAACCGAAAUCGGAAGUGGGAUGGUGGAAUUGGGUAAUGUGCACAGUUUUAGGCCGAAUUUGAGGGAGGAUAACAGAACCCUGGAAUCACUCAAAUUUCAAAUCGGAAAUCACAUCCACCUCAAUUUCAAAUCUUAAAUAUUUUUACAAUGUUUUAUCAAUUUUUGUGAUAAUU